AAAAUCUAAUCCAUAAAAAGAAAUACACAAUUCCAUUGGCCUCAGUUGCCUUUGGCGAGUGGUGAACAACGCACGGCGAUGCAUCACUCUCGCUUGAUAUUCUACGUACUGGCAGCUGUACAAAUUGCCAUAGUUCCAAUUACAAGUCAGAGCCACUAUUCAAUAGUCGCUCCGGGUACAAUUCGUUCGAAUCGCAACUACUCGGUGUGUGUUACCCUGCACGAUGCUGCGACAGCGGCCACUCUUCGCCUCAGCAUACGUUCCCUAUCGAGUUCCAUGCACCUGAGUGAGGAGGUGACUGUACAACCGUACGAAAGUCGUCUGAUUAACUUUAUGCCACCACGACUAUAUGAUCAAUUCCAAUAUGAGUUAAAGGUGGAGGGUAUUAAGGGCAUAACGCUAAGUGAGAGUAAGGGAUUGUAUUCUUUGGAAUAUGGUGGACCAAGGGUGUACAUUGAAAGUGAUAAGGCGUUCUACAAGCCCAAUGACACCGUCCAGUUUCGUGUUGUCAUUUUGGAUGAACAUUUGAAAAUCACUAAAAUUUUCGAACCGAUACGUAUUCAAAUUUUGGACCCCGAGAAGAAUCGCGUUAAACAAUUCAAGGACAUACAACUGGAUCGUGGCAUCUACGCUGGUAAAUUCCAAAUAUCGCAACAACCCACAUGGGGCGAAUGGACCAUUUCUGUGUUCAUCAGUGGCAAAUACAACAUGAACAAUGAAUACUACUUCAAAGUGCAAAAAUAUGUUCUGCCCAAGUUUAGUGUUCACAUUGAACAUGCCACAAAUAUGGUGACAAAGGAACGCUUCCUUCCGGUCACAAUUUAUGGCAAGUACACCUAUGGCCGUUAUGUUGAGGGCAUAGUUGAUGUUUAUCUGGAAGAUAGAAUUGGUUAUACGGCCAGCAAUAUUACGGCCCACAUUGGACCGGGUGAUGUCAAGGCAGAAGUUUUGCUCGACAUAGACGAACUAUCUUAUGCCGGAUUGCUCUAUGUACGAGCUCAGCUAAGGGAGCGUCAUAGCAAUGUAACAGCUCAAGCCGAUAGCCAGGUGAUCCUACAGCGUGAUCCAUAUAAUAUAUUUUUGCCGCAUUCUGAAAUUGAAUUUCGCCAAGGAAAACCUUAUCGUUUUAAUGUUCACGUUGAGCAGUGGAAUGGUACGCCAGUGAAGGACUCCCAGACGACCGUGGACAUGUUUAUCAAUGAGAAGAAAUAUAGUUCUGUGCUAAAUGAAAAUGGUGUGGCCCGAUUUCAAGUGGAUGCAGAUAAUGUUUCGAAUUAUAGAUUUGAAUAUAAAGAGGCAAUACUUCGGUUGAAUAGCAUGUUUGGGGAGGAGCAUAGCUACGUUUAUGACGAAUCGAAUUGCAAAAUUAAGGUGCUGCCAAGGGGCUCCCUUGACUUGAAGGAUCCCCUUGAAAUUGUGAUCACUUCCAAUGAAAACAUCCCCUACGCCAUUUAUACCCUAACAAGUCAUGGUAAUAUAAUUGAUCAGAAGUAUAUUCCCCCGCUGGAAACACCUCGAAAAUCACUGAAAAUUACAAUAACACCAACAAUAGCCAUGGUGCCGAAUUCCUAUCUCUUUGUGUAUUAUAUUGUUAAUGGAGACUUGCAUUAUUGUGAACACACACUGCGCUUGCCGGAACUAUUUGAAAAUCAGUUAACCAUUGAUGCACCGAGAAAUGUCAAACCCGGCCAGAAUAUAACCUUCAAUAUAAAAGGUCAACCGAGGUCAAGGGUAUCGAUAGUGGCGGUCGAUAAAAGUGUUAUGUUGCUCAGUGCUAGAAAUAUUCUAAGAAAGGGGACGGUGAUGCGAGAUCUACGCAUUGACAAAGCCUAUCGACAACAGUAUCCAAAUCCUCAUGUCUAUGAGUAUACACCGGGUCAUACAUCGGGACUGAUAAUCUUUACAAAUGCCAAAUAUAAAAUACAUACAUUCAAUAUUCCCAUAGAACCACUGCCUUCGUAUCUGCCCGACUAUAAGAGACAAGUUUUUCCCGAAACAUGGAUUUUCAAGGAUAUCGAUGUUUUUGAGCCCAUCACCGCCCUGACCUUUAAAGUUCCCGAUACCAUAACCACCUGGAUAGUUCGGGCAUUCUCGGUGAACGAUGACAGCGGCUUUGGCAUGCUGGACGACAGUUUGGACAUUGAAGCUUUUCAGCCGUUCUUUAUCAGCGUCAAUCUACCAUAUGCUGUAAAGCGUGGAGAAAUCUUCACAAUACCCGUUACAAUUUUCAAUUAUUUAUCGGAACAACUCGAGACAGAAGUGAAAAUGUUAAAUACCAAAGAAGAAUUCCAAUUUACAAAUCAUCACCAGCAGCCAUUGCAAAUAAAGGAAGAAAUGCGAAAAUUAACUAUUCCGCCCAACGGUGGUGGCAGUACCUCCUUUACAAUAGCACCACAGAAAAUCGGUCACACUGAAAUCUAUAUUGAGGCCAGAAACUCGAUUACCUCCGACACGGUUAUACACCAACUCAAAGUUGAACCGGAGGGCAUAGGUCAUGAGGGCAACCAGGAUGAACUGCUUACGGUGUUGCAUGAUAAAUCAACGAAACGGACAUUUGAGGCCAAAAUACCAACGAACAUUGUACCCGACUCGGAAUAUUUGGUACUCACCAUAAGUGGUGAUGUCAUGGCCACCACUGUUGAAAAUCUCGGCAAGUUGGUGCAGAAACCCUCCGGCUGUGGUGAACAGAAUAUGAUCAAUAUGGUACCGAAUAUCUUAAUACUGGACUAUUUGAAAACCUUAAGUCAAUACAAAAAUAAAACCACUUUGGUGGAGAGAGCCAAGAAUUUCAUCGACACCGGUUAUCAACGGGAAUUGUCUUUUCGUCACCCGAAUGGUGCGUACAGUGUAUUCGGCCCCUCAUCGAGCACCGAAAACAAUUGGCUUACGGCCUAUGUGACAAGAUUUUUCAUCAAAGGUCAAAAAUACUCAGCCAUUGAGGGGCGUAUCAUUGAAAGCGGACUGGAGUACUUAAGUGGCCAGCAAUUGGAUGAUGGCAGUUUUCCACAUCGUGGAUUUCUCUUUGAUCCCUCACAUCAAAAUGAAUAUGGAUUUACAGCUUUUUGCCUGCUGACAUUUUUGGAGGAUCCGAAAUAUUCCAAAAAAUACAACUCUCUUAUCCAAAAAGGAAUAACCUACUUGAAAAAUAACCUGAAUAAGGUGAAGGACACCUAUUCCCUGGCAAUUAUGGCGAAUACAUUUCAAAAGGCUGGUAGCAGCAGUGAUGCCAAUACCAUACUGGAAAAAUUAAAGCGAAUAGCACGUCAAGACAACGACCUUAAAUGGUGGACAAAAAACAAUAAAAACGAAGAAAGUGCCAAUGAUGUUGAAAUUACCUCGUAUAUCCUAAUGGCCCUGCUUGAGUCAUCGUCCCAGGAAGACAGCACAGCCAUAUACAAUUGGUUGUUGAAACAACGCAACGCCAAUGGGGGUUUUGGGUCCACACAAGACACAGUUGUUGGUCUGCAGGCUCUCAUUAAAUUCAUUGAGAAAUCGUCACAGAUUCAAAACACCGACAUUAAAGUUUACUUUGUGGCAAAGUGUGGGGAGGGGAAGACGCGUAAGGAAGGCACUUUCACGGUGGGAUUAGAUAAUGAGCUAAUAUUGCAAAAGGAAGAGUUACCCCGCAACAUACGCUCUGUGGCAGUUGAAAUCAGGGGCAAUGGUCGCGUUUAUGUACAACUUUCCUAUAGAUAUUACACAUCCCAAGACGUUACAGGACCCGGUGGAACCUUAGCGACGGGAGAAUCUGAACGAACACCCAUAUCCUUUCCCCCACGUAUGAUUGAACACACCAGCGGAACUUCUCGCCAACCACCCCUAACAUCUGAACGAACACCCAUAUUCUAUCGUCCACGUAUGGGUGAACCCACCAGCGGAUCUUCUCGCAUACCAGCUUUAGCAUCACAUCUUGGUAGCGGCGCACAACCUCCCCUCGCAUCCGCUUUGGUCCAUAAAUAUUUCAAUAUAAAACCCCAGGCAAAAAUUUCGUCGCCCAAUGCCAUGUCCUUGGAAAUAUGCUACUCCUAUCGACCCUAUACCGAGGAGGAAAAGCUCACCAAUAUGGUUAUUCUGGAGAUCACCUUCCCAUCGGGAUAUAUUGCAAAUGGAGAAAAUCUUGACCGUCUGCGAGAUGAAGAGCAAGUCAGUCGUGUCGAUAGUCAAAAUUCGGAAACAUUGAUAGCGAUUUAUUUUGAAAAGCUCUCGGCCAACGAUGAACAGUGUCUGACGGCUGUGGCCGACAAGGUCCACGAUGUUGCCGGCCUUAAGCCGACAAAAAUCGACAUGUAUGAUUUCUAUAAUGAUAAGCGUCGAACAACGAUCUUGUAUGAGUUGAAAUAAUGAUUGUAUGUAUCAAUGUAUAUGUAUAUAAUUUCGAUGUAAAAAAUUAAAGCUAUAUCUAUAUUAACAAGUGAAAAAGCAGAAAGCUCGGCCAGGCUGAACUUUGAAUACCCUCCACAAUUUUGAAGGAAUUAGUAAAUAUUCAAAAAAAAAAAAAAAAA